AUGAUAAGUUUAAAAAUGUUGAUGAUGGCCAAUACAACACACAAUUCACUGAGAUUGAAUCCAUUGGCUCAGGUACAUUUGGAACUGUAUAUAAAGUUAAACAUAAAUUACAAAACCAAUUAUAUGCUGUUAAAAAGGUGCACAUUAAAGUCGGAAAAACUAUUUCACGAUGAAAUACAAAACAUGGAAAAAUUGGAUUCAAAAUUUGUGGUUAAAUAUCACGAGAAAUGGAAUGAAGGCCAGCACCUGUACCUUCAGAUGGAGUAUUGUUCCCAAACACUCCGACCAAUAAUUGAGAGCAAACAAAAUAUAUUUAAGAGGAAAUCUAAAAAUCCUAUGAAUAUAUUUGAAUAUUUUAUAACUUGUGAAAUACUACUAGAAAUUCUGCAAAGUGUUCAAUACCUUCAUAGUUUAAAUAUAAUUCAUCGUGAUCUAAAGCCAGAAAACAUAAUGGUUGUCCAACAUGUAAAUUCAAAUAGAUGCUUAAUAUUGGGUGAGUGCCGAUUGGCCACCGAACACGAGCGCACAUCCAUGAGUCACACCCAGCGUCCCGGCAAUGUAUUAAAAUAUAUGGCAACGGAAGUGCAAUGGGGACGAACUUAUGAUGUAAAAGCAGAUGUUUAUAGCCUGGGAGUCAUUGGGCAUGAAUUAUUUGAUACUUUUGGCGAAAAUAAAUUGUCAUUAUUGGAAAAGGGUCAUUUGGGAAAGUAUUUAAAGCAAACCUCAAAUCGGAUAAUGAAAUAUAUGCCGUUAAAAGAGUACAAUUUAAUGGUAACUAUUAGUGUAGAAAAGAAACGUAAAGUUUUAAACGAAGUUAAAUGUUUGGAAAAACUCGACUCAAAAUUUGUCGUCAAAUAUUAUAAGUCGUGGACCGAAGGAAAACAUCUAUACAUACAAAUGGAAUACUGCACGCAAACACUCAAAGAAAUACUUCAAAGUAUUCGAACAACAUUUGAGAGACAAUCAUCGGAACCGAUGAAUAUUUUUGAAUAUUUCAUUUGCUGUGAAAUAUUUCGGGAACUCUUGGAAUGUGUUCAAUAUAUUCACGAAAUUGUUCCUCCUAUUAUUCAUCGUGAUAUCAAACCGGAAAAUGUAUUAAUUUUACACAAACAUAUGAAGCAACCUUGCUUAAAAAUUGGUGAUCUUGGUUUGGCUACCGAUCACAAAAUGACAUCUGCGAGCCACACAAAAGGUGCCGGUACUGUUAAGUAUAUGGCACCCGAAGUACAUUUUUCAACGCACUAUAAGCCGAGUGCAGAUAUCUACAGUUUGGGACUAAUUGGACAAGAAUUAUUUGAAACACACAUGGCAUAA